AUGUACUAGAGUCCAGAUAAAACCACUAAGAAUCCCAAUUUCCAGGAGUAUUAGAGUCCUUACUCUGUGAGGCAACUCAAGAAACAAGAAAUGGAGCUGGUAAUGAGCUAGCCAAAGCCUGCAAAGGAUAAACAGACGAUGAAGUAAUUCUUGAAGCUAAUCAGCCAUAAUAAUGAGGGUCCAAGUAGUCCAACUAGCUUAAAUAAGUCUGCUUACUCAUAGAACUCAGCCAGGAAAUAACGAGUACAUGGGCCAUUAUCUGUGAGUCAAAUCAUAUCUUCAAGGAUCAAAUCUCCUAGGGCAUCAGAAAAGUAAAGUGAGUAUUAACAGCUGCUUGAGACUGAAAGACCUAAAAGGUCAGAACUAAGCAUUGAUUCUAUUGACGAAGAAAAAGACAAAUAGAAACUUGACCACUUAAAGCAUAAGUUAUAAUCUGAGAAAGGAUUUACCCAGGACGACAUCCAAACAAUUGAUUAAAACAUGAUAUUUUUCAAAUGUGUGGCAGAUAUCAAGAAGCGUUAACAAGAGUAAAGAAGUAAAAUGAACCCUGAUAGGAUAAAGAAUGUCCAGUCUAAGAUAUCUUAAGCUAAUUAGAACAGACUUAGCAGUAAUUAAGGCUCAAGGUAGAAAAAGAAUUUAAAAACCUUAAGUAACUAAAGACCAGGCCCCUAGAUUAUACUUGAUGGGGACUUUGAAAUGAAUAAUAGUCCGCAUUAAGCAAGAGUAAACUCGAAUCAGUUCUCAGAUAUCAAUAGCGAUGAAGAGUUGAUGAGAGAAGAGAUGAAAGACAUAGGCAUUGAGGAUAUCAUUUAGCAUGAAUAAGAUAACGAAGUUGACUAAGAGGAGGUUGAUGAUUUGCUUAGAGAUACACUGACUGUAGCUGAGUUUGAUAAUUCCAGAGAACAGUCAGAGUUGAACAAGCUAAAAGAUACCAUUGAAUCACAACAUAACAACUAGAAUAACUUACAAUUAUAAGACUCUGGUCAGAAUCCCUAAAAAAGAAGAACUCCCUCAGUGGGAAAUCUUCUCAUGAGUUCAUCACUGCAGAACGUAGUGGGAAACUUCGAUGAGCAGUUUAAUGUCUAAUACAUUGAUGAUGGCCAAGAUGCCUUGGGCUCUAGUGGAUUGAAAAAGAAUUCAAGCCAAAGAAGACUUAGCUAGAAUAACUCGAAUUCUAAUAAUAAUUCUAAAAUUAUGCCUUAAUAAAGAGACCGAUAGAUCAGAAAUAGAUUAAGUAUAGGCUAGAAUAUUGGUAAUGAGCAGUCACUAAGCUAUAACAAGACAAUAAUAUCUAAUAUAUCUCCAAUGGGAAGAGGUUCUAUAAGUCCUGAGAGACCACAUUACCAAGAAGCCACUGAGUCAUUCUUGAAAAUGAUGAGUCCAAAAAUUGAAAAAUCUCAAUCAGGGUCAAACAAUUAAUCGUUCUCCAAGCCUCAGAAGAAUUAAGUCAAACAAACUGGGUAUCUGCAAUCCAAAGCAGAUUGGAUAAGCAAAUUGUAACCAAUUAAAAACUAACAAUAAAAGUGA